CCGAAUACAAUAAUGAAGAAUCGAAUGAUAUGUUUGCUGUUGGGAACAAUUGUGAUCUGCUUGGCCACUCACGAUCUCUGUAUGGGAAUGAUAACAAAAUCAAGAUGCAAAUGUGCGAAAGCUACCUCUAAAUUCAUUUGUCCAAAAAUAUGGCAAGAUGUCAGUAUCUUUAACCAGGGGUCGUUCUGCAGGAAAGUGGAAAUUGUAAUUACCCUGAAGGGUGGGAGAAAAGUCUGUGUCAACCCCAACACGCAAUGGCUCCAGAGAGCUAUUUUCAACCUCAAUGAAAGAGCAAAACAUACUAAAGAAUUUAUUACAGAGGAGUCAUCAACCUGAUAAACGAAGGCCCCUACAACUGGGGAUUCGACUAUUCACUAGGACCCAAGCUUUUGCUGUUUAACACUUACUGUAACAGUCUGUGCCAUGAGAGUUUGUGUUACCAUUUCAAUUGCUUGCACCCUACCAGAAUCAUAUCAUUCAGAGACCUAAUA